UGGGAUGGUACGAUUCGGUCGGUGAAGAGAACAAUUUAUUGCUCUCAACAAAGGACUUUUUCCUCACUUCCUCUUCCUCGCCACAAUUCGAAUUCUUCUCCACCACUGUACAGCCUACUCCUCCAGCAACCAUGGCUCCUCCAAAGCCCGUCUACAUCCUCUCCGCAACGAGAACCCCAGUAGGAGCAUUCCAAGGCUCGCUUGGUUCGCAGUCAGCCAUUGAGCUUGGUACCGUUGCUAUCAAGUCUGCGGUUGAGCGUGCAGGCAUCAAGCCAGAAGAGGUGCAGGAGGUCUUCUUCGGCAAUGUGCUCCAAGCGAACUUGGGCCAAAACCCAGCAAGACAAUGCACAAUCCACGCUGGACUUCCAGAGUCGACAGAAGCGACAACGAUCAACAAGGUCUGCGCCUCCUCGAUUAAAGCCAUGUCGUUGGCUGCAGCUACCAUCCUCACCGGCGAGGUAGACGUCAUUGUCGCUGGUGGAACUGAGAGCAUGUCGAACACACCACACUACUUGCCCACGCUGCGUAAUGGAGCAAAAUUUGGUAACCAGACACUCGUCGAUGGUGUGUUGAAAGACGGCUUGACCGAUGUGUAUAAGGACGAACACAUGGGUCUGCAGGGAGAAGAGUGUGCAGACGACCAUGGAUUUAACCGACAGGAUCAGGACGAGUACGCCAUUCGUUCCUACAAGAAGGCAAUUGCUGCAACUGAGGCGGGCUGGUUCAAGGAAGAGAUCACACCGGUAACGAUCAAGGGCACAAGAGGCAAGCCAGACACAGUUGUCGAGGUGGAUGAUGAGCCAAAGAAAUUCAACGAAGAGGGCACAAAGAAGCUGCGAUCAGCAUUCAAGAAGGACGGUACCGUAACAGCUGCCAAUGCCUCGCCUUUGUCUGAUGGCGCGGCCGCAACAGUCUUGGCGAGUGAGGAAUACGUGCAAAAGCAUGGCUUGAAGCCAAUUGCAAAGAUCCUUGGCUGGGGAGACGCUGCUAAGAACCCAUCAAAAUUCACCACCGCGCCCGCUCUUGCAGUCCCCAAAGCAUUGAAGCACGCUGGGAUUAACCAAGAGGACGUCGAUGCUUUCGAAAUCAACGAGGCUUUCUCCGUCGUUGCGCUUGCCAAUAUGAAAUUGUUGGGCGUGAGCGAGGACAAGGUCAACAUUCACGGUGGUGCAGUGGCCCUUGGUCACCCAUUGGGCGCAUCAGGUGCACGCAUCGUCACAACACUUCUGGGUGUCUUGCGUGAGAAGAAGGGCAAGAUUGGUGUAGCUGGCAUCUGCAAUGGCGGCGGAGGUGCGUCCGCAAUCGUGAUCGAAAGACUCGACGUAUAAGUCGAAUUGUUUGCAAACAGCAGGCGACAACAAAAGCAUCGAAUAUACCCCAUAGAGUAGGUCGGCCUCGGGGCCGAUAGCGAGAUAUGACGAAGUCUUGUCAGAACCAUCUACUCCACUCCUCCCCCAGCUCGACCACCAAAACUCCCAAUUGCGACUUCACUUUCAAGGAUCUCCUGGUCAAUUUGUCUUAGCAGAAAUCCCAUCUCCUUGGCGUAUCAAACAUGUUCCACAGCGCUGACGACUGCGGCCGACGUCUUCUCUCAAACGAGAAGUUGCAUCUGCUAAGCGAAGAACAUCCGCUGGCGGCCGAUUUCGAAGCAUCAAUCGUGUUGCGAGCAUGAGCUCGAGAGUUUCUGUUUGAUCGAUGAUCGCUCGAUUACUCAAAAGUACAGCAUCACUCGAGCAUCAACCUUGCCGUACCAAGCAACGAUUCGUGAACGGAUCAGUUGUUACUGUUGUAAAUCUUACUGCAGUGGAACAUGGUGAUUCAUCCGAAUACCAUGCAUCAUCUCGAAAAGGCAGUUGCAUCGUCGUAAAUCUGAACAUC